GACAAGGCGGCUUGGCCUUGGCAAGGCUUGGGCCACACUGCCGGGUUCCUGCUGCGAGCGGUCGGCAUGCAUCUCCACCUGCUCUUGCUGUUGGCGCUGUUUCCGGCAGGCUGCGUGGUGGCAGGUCCCAGCUACAGCCUGAGAGGGAGCUGGCGGGUGAGCAACGGGAAUGGCUCCCUGGAGCUGCCGGCGACUGUCCCCGGCUAUGUGCACAGCGCUCUGCACCAGCGCGGGCUGAUCCAGGAUCCUUAUUACAGAUUUAAUGACCUGAACUACAGAUGGAUUUCCUUAGAUAACUGGACCUACAGCACAGAAUUUAAAAUCCCCUUUAAUCUCAGUGAAUGGCAGAGAGUAAAGUUGAUUUUUGAUGGAGUUGAUACAGUUGCAAAAAUCCUGUUCAAUGAUGUCACUAUUGGGAAGACAGACAACAUGUUCACUGGAUACAGCUUUGACGUCACCAAUGUGGUCAAAGACGUGAACUCCUUAAAGUUGCGAUUCCAGUCAGCAGUGCAGUAUGCCAAACAGCAGAGCACAGCUCACACUCGCUACCGGGUCCCCCCAGAGUGUCCCCCGGUGGAGCAGAAGGGAGAAUGCCACGUUAACUUCAUCCGAAAGGCACAGUGCUCCUUCAGCUGGGACUGGGGGCCUUCCUUUCCCUCUCAAGGGAUCUGGAAAGAUGUUAGGAUCGAGGCCUAUAACAUUGCUCACCUGGAUUACCUCACGUUUUUGCCCAUAUAUGAUAACACUUCUCAGGCCUGGACUAUUGAAAUAGAGGCUUCUUUUGAUGUCGUCAGCUCCGAGCCCGUUGGUGGCCAGGUGAAUGUAGCCAUCCCUAAGCUGAAAACAUGGCAGACAAACGAUAUUGAACUUCAACGGGAUCAAAGGAUUGUUAAACUCCUUGUCAAAAUUAGGAAGGAUGUUGCUGUGGAGACCUGGUGGCCUCAUGGACAUGGGAACCAGACCGGGUACAACAUGACAAUUCUCUUUGCUCUGGAUGGAGGCUUGAAAAUUGAAAAAGCAGCCAAGGUUUAUUUCAGGACAGUGCAGCUUAUAGAAGAGGAUAUAAAAGGGUCUCCCGGUCUGAGUUUCUACUUCAAAAUUAAUGGACUUCCUAUAUUUCUGAAAGGCUCCAAUUGGAUUCCAGCCGACUCCUUCCAAGAUAAAGUCACUUCCGAACUGUUGCAACGUCUUUUGCAGUCGGUCGUGGAUGCUAACAUGAACACCCUUCGCGUGUGGGGGGGUGGCAUCUACGAGCAGGAUGAGUUCUAUGCCCUCUGUGACGAACUUGGAAUAAUGGUGUGGCAGGACUUUAUGUUUGCCAGUGCCCUUUAUCCAACUGAGCAGGGAUUCCUAGAGUCAGUGAGGAAAGAAGUCACUUACCAGGUUAGGAGACUGAAACCCCACCCCUCCAUCAUCAUAUGGAGUGGUAAUAACGAGAACGAAGUAGCUCUCAGGGUGAACUGGUUCCACGUAAAUCCCAGUGACAUGAAAACUUACUUCGACGACUACGUGACCCUCUACGUGAAAAACAUCAGGGAGAUCGUCCUAUCGGAAGACAAGAGCCGUCCUUUCAUUGCAUCUAGCCCAACCAAUGGGGUCAAAACCAUGGAGGAAGGCUGGAUCUCUCAAGACCCGUAUAGCAUCCAGUAUGGCGACACACAUUUUUAUGACUAUAUCAAUGAUUGCUGGAAUUGGAAGACCUUCCCAAAAGCUCGAUUAGUGUCUGAAUAUGGCUACCAGUCCUGGCCUUCCUUUAGCACUCUAGAAAAGGUCUCAUCUCGAGAGGACUGGUCUUACAACAGCCACUUUUCCCUUCACCGGCAGCAUCAUGGAAAUGGUAACCAUGAGAUGCUCCACCAGGUUAAGCUGCAUUUCAAACUCCCCCAAAGGAUGAGGACGGACCCAUUGCGCACAUUUAAAUACAUCAUCUACCUCACUCAGGUGAUGCAGGCCCAGUGUAUCAAGACAGAAACGGAGUUCUACAUGCGCAGCCGCAGCGAGAUAGUGGACGGCCGAGGCCACACCAUGGGGGCACUGUACUGGCAGUUGAAUGAUAUCUGGCAGGCUCCUUCCUGGGCCUCUCUCGAGUACGGAGGAAAAUGGAAAAUGCUGCAUUACUUUGCACAGCGAUUCUUCGCGCCGCUAUUACCAGUAGGUUUUGAAGAUGAAGGUGUUUUUUAUGUCUAUGGUGUGUCAGAUCUUCACAGAGACUACCACACAAAGCUCACCGUGAGUCUCCAUCGCUGGAGCUCCCUGAAGCCCGUGUGCUCCUUCGUGAAUUCAAGUAUUGUGAUUAAAGCCGGGGAGGCUGUGGUUCUGUUCAAGAAGCCAGUUUCUAAGCUGCUGUUGAGAUGCAGGGGAUGUACCAGGGAAACGUGUGUGGUUUCCUUUUACCUCUCAACUGACAAAGAACUCUUCAGCCCAACCAACUACCAUUUCCUGUCCUCCCUGAAGGCUGCUAAAGGGCUGGUCAAGGCCAACAUCACGGUCAACAUCUCUCAGCAGGGCGAUGUUUUUGUUUUUGAUCUGAAAACGACAGCUGUCGCUCCCUUUGUCUGGUUGGACGUAGGAAGCAUCCCAGGGAGAUUUAGUGAUAAUGGCUUCCUCAUGAUUAAGAAUUGCUCGGUACUGUUUUACCCUUGGAGGCCCACCAGCAAGAGCGAGCUCCUGCAGGCCUUCAGUGUCACCUCCCUGACUGAUACCUACUGAAGGGACGCGGCUUGUAUUUCAGUGGACACUGGGGACGUAGGAAGCCUUUCUAAAGCAUGGAGGGAAGACUGUCUAAGGUAAAGUGGAGGAAGUAUCUGCUGCUGCCUGGGGUGCGAUGACUUCCCUCACCUACAGUUUGAACAGUAGAUACUGUUCAUCCAGGUGAUGUCCUUAGACAAGGUCGUGCCCAGGUAUUCUUGAAUCUUCUAGGAUUGUGGGUUUUAUUAGAGCUUUCUUCUACAGCUAAAGCACAGCCAGAGGAGUUAGACCACCCAAUGACCUUUUUGGGAAACCAUUAGAUUAUGAGCUGAUUGUAUGUGCAUAACCAAGUGUGAAGGUUCUGAAGUAAUAUAGGCCUUUCAUAGCACUUUGAAUCCUACCCGCUGAAGGUGAAGUGUGUGGCUACAAUUGCCAAAGGAAGUGGGAACUCAGAUGCUACAAUAGAGAUUGCUUGACGGCAGCUAUAUAUUGUCAGUAGACAGCGGAGGGGCCUGAAUGUUGUACUUGAUAACCAUCUUCAGGUAGGACUCCCUUUUUCAUAUACUUUGGCAAUAACUCUUUUUCUUAAAGAGACUAAGAGAGUGAUUUUUCUUUAAAAAGCAGUCUAGGGUGGUUGUGCUGGACUCUGUAGGAAGAGGCAGGAGGAUCACAAAUUCAGAGUUGGCCUUGACUAUACUGUAGAAUUUUUCACCUCUCCUGGCUCUGAAUGUUCUUGUGAGCUUUAGUUUUUGUUGUUGUUGUUUGGUUCCCCCCCCCCCCCCCCCAGACAGGGUUUCUCUGUAUAGCCCUGGCUAUCCUGGAACUCAUUCUGUAGACCAGGCUGGCCUCGAACUCAGAAAUCCGCCUGCCUCUGCCUCUGCCUCCCAUGCGCUGGGAUUAAAGGCGUGCGCCACCACCGCCCUGCUGAGCUUUAGGCUUAAUACUGAUUUUGAUGAACUCUCUAAUCCAAAGGUAUGAGCUAUAUUUAAACUCAUUGGCUCUGGUGUGGAAGGAGCAAAAAAAGUUAAUAAGUAGCUAUUUUGGGUACUGGUUUGUGGGCUUCUUGGUACUACUUUUAUACUUUUUCUAUAUAUUUUAAAUUAUAUAAAAAAACAUAGGUUAUAUAGAUUGCAUUGAAAACUUGAAAGUUUAUUUGCGCUCUGUUUAACCAUUUAAUAAACAUUUCCUUGCAUACAAAGCUGCAUUGAGCAUUCAUGCCUGCUUGACAAAUGAGAAAA